AUGGAAGUGUCCCUUUCUGUUGAGGAAACGAACCAAUUACGGGCAAAAUUGGGUCUUCCAUUGAUUUCUACAAAUGAUAGGCCUUCAGGAGAUAAAAGAGAGGACAAUGACUUAGAUGAAACGAACAAGAUACGAUCACAUUUAGGACUGCCUUUGAUCACAUCAGAAAAAGCAGAUAAUGACCCGGAGUAUGAAAAUUAUCGAAGAGCGGAGGAUGAACGCAGGAAGCAAAAACAAUUAGAUGAAUUGCAGCAGCGAAUAGCCAAAACCAAGAGCGAUCUUCAUCGGCGUAAGCUGGAAUCAGGGGAAACGCUUCUAGCGAGAUUAGACAAGGAAGAGAAUACCGACGAUGAGUGGCUCGCUAAGCUGGGCACUUCACAGCAAGUAAAAGUAGCACGCAAGAGAAAGGCAAAAUUGGAGGAUGAUGAUCUACAGGGUGUAAGCGUUGCUCAUAGUAAAGAGGAUUAUGCGGAGCUCCUUGGAGAAAGCCAAGAAGUGGUAUUCACUUUAAAAGACAGGAGUGUGUUUGAGGAAGAAGAAGACCAGCUUGAAAGUCAUGAUCUUGCAAACCGCAGGCGAGUAAAAGAAUUUCUGGGGAAUCAGGUGAACGGGGACAAGGACAGCGAUAAUAAAGAGCAGGAUAACGUAUUCAGACUCGGGGAGAAAAUAAUUCCAAAAAAGCAAACUAAGAAACUUGUUUCAUUGGACUUGGAUGAUGACGAGCAGGAAUCUCAGUCAUCUGACUAUAAUGCCCCAGUAAUCAAGAGAUUAAAAAGUAAGGUUAGAAACAAGCGGAGUGAUAAAGAAGAGCUGAAGGAAGCUAAUUUUCAGCGACUGAAGCUGAUCAAUGAGGAUUUGGAAAAGGAAGAUGACAUCGAGUUGAACAAAUUCUUGUCUGCUUCAAGACAACAAAGACAACAAUCCAGACCUAUAGCGAUUGAAGAACGCCAACAGGAAGAAGGGGCCGUGGUUUUGGAUGAAGACGCAGAUUUCUUGGAGAAGCUCAACGGUGACGACACCGUCGAAAAAACUGAAAAGGUUGAAGAUGUGGCUGACACGACAGAACCCAGCUCCAGCCUCACUCAUGUUUCUGAAAAACUCGCUGUGCUCCAUGACGAAGUCGAUGCCAAUAUGGGACUUUCUCGCACUCUCAAGCUUUUGAAAGACAGAGCAGAGCUCACCUCAAGAUCUGACGGGUCGAAAAUUAACUUGGUUUAUCGAGACGACAAGGGUAGGGUUCUUAACCAGAAGGAAGCAUACAAGUACCUGUCUCAUCGGUUCCAUGGACAUAAGAAAUAG